GCGCGUUUUUUCUUAUUCCGUUUCCUGACUGUAAACAAACAUAAGUACUCAAAAAUUUAUUCUCUCUUUUAAGUGAUGUUAUCAUGGAAAAAAAAGAACAUAAAGAAAAAAAAGUAUCACCUGGUAUUGUUUACUUAAGUAAAAUUCCUCCAUCCAUGAAUCCACUGAAAAUUCGAAGUCUUCUUUUACAGUUUGGGAAAAUUGGAAGGGUUUAUCUUCAAGCUGAAGAUGAAAGUAAGCGCAAAAAUCGAAAGAAGCUUGGGGGAACUAGUCGAAAGCAGUUUACUGAAGGAUGGGUAGAGUUUUUAGACAAAAAAGUUGCAAAAUCUGUUGCUCAAUCUUUAAACUGCACAAAUAUUGGGGGUAAAAAAAGAUACUACUACCAUGAUGACAUAUGGAAUAUAAAAUACCUGCCCAAAUUCAAAUGGGGACAUAUCAGCGAAAAAUUAGCAUAUGAAAAAGCUGCUCGAGAACAGCGCAUGCGAGCAGAAAUAUCACAAGCAAAAAAAGAGGCAAAUUUUUAUUUGGAAAAUGUUAGCAAGGGUAAAACUAUUUCUGCCAUUGUUGAAAAAAAAAGAAGAAAAAGAAAGUUACAGGAAGAGAAUGACGUUUCUUCGAACGUUGAAAGAAAUUUUAACCAAAAAUCUGUGAAGUUGGCAAAGACAGAUGGGGUUUUAGACUUUAGCACAAAUAUUUUAUCAAAGGUAUUUAGCACCCUAUAAUGGCGUGACGUUAUGGACAAGAUAUAAUGUUAGAAUAAAUUUAUUGUUUAACAAAAAAUCCAAUAAUGAACUUUAUCAACUUAAUAAAAUUAUUAUCAAUCUAACAAUUUACUGGGUAAUUUCUCUUGGAGAAGACAUUUGUUUUUGUCGAUGUUUUUGAAGAUUCAAAACAUUAAAUUUGCAUUCGUUUAUUACGAGGUUCUUCUUACAAGCAUAUCUCUAUGCUUCCAUACAUUGAAUUGCUGAACACUUAGAGAUAAAUAUUAAAUGAAUUGCUUGAUGUUCACUUAUACUUUAAGAUUAGUAUUAACAAUGUUCAAACUUUA